GGAANAAGCAGGCGACGAGCGGAGCGAAGGGAAGGGAGGACCGAGGGAGAGAGAGAGAGAAAAGGAAGGCGGACGGACGGACGCCAGGGUCUCGCAGUGUGAGGGGCGACGUGAGGGCAGCCGGCGAGUGGCGAGGGGCCCUGCCUGGAUCGUGUCUAUCGCCGCCGCCGCCGCUUCAGCUUGUGUGAAGACUUCCUCUCUUGAUUCGCUGCACCACCCCCUCCUCCUCCUCCUCUCCCCACGCCUUUUCCCUUCCAGGCGGGAAUGGCGGUGCUGGAUUUGGCCCUGGAGGGACUCGCCAUCUUCGGGCUUAUUCUCUUCCUGGUGUUGUGGCUCAUGCACUUCAUGUCCAUCAUCUACACGCAUCUUCACCUGAACAAGAAAGCAACAGACAAACAGCCAUACAGCAAGCUUCCAGGCGUUUCACUCCUGAAGCCCCUAAAGGGUGUAGAUCCAAACCUUAUCAACAACUUGGAAACCUUCUUUGAGUUGGAUUAUCCAAAAUAUGAAGUGCUUCUUUGUGUCCAAGAUCAUGAUGAUCCUGCCAUUGAUGUGUGUAAAAAGCUCCUUGGCAAAUAUCCCAAUAUUGAUGCAAGACUUUUUAUAGGUGGCAAAAAGGUUGGGAUAAAUCCAAAGAUCAACAAUUUAAUGCCAGCUUAUGAAGUUGCCAAGUAUGACCUCAUAUGGAUUUGUGAUAGUGGCAUUAGAGUCACACCGGAUACACUAACUGAUAUGGCCAAUCACAUGACAGAAAAAGUUGGACUGGUCCAUGGCCUGCCCUAUGUAGCAGAUAGACAGGGCUUUGCUGCCACUCUAGAACAGGUAUAUUUUGGCACAUCCCAUCCAAGAACAUACAUUUCUGCUCAUGUAACUGGUUUCAAAUGUGUAACAGGAAUGUCUUGUUUGAUGAGAAAAGAUGUCUUGGACCAAGCUGGAGGACUUAUAGCUUUUGCACAGUACAUUGCUGAGGAUUACUUUAUGGCUAAAGCAAUAGCUGACAGAGGCUGGAAAUUUGCAAUGGCCACACAAGUUGCAAUGCAAAACUCUGGCUCCUAUUCAAUUUCCCAAUUUCAGUCUAGAAUGAUCAGAUGGGCCAAGCUACGGAUCAAUAUGCUUCCAGCUACAAUAAUCUGUGAACCAAUCUCAGAGUGCUUUGUUGCAAGUUUAAUUAUUGGAUGGGCAGUUCACCAUGUGUUCAGAUGGGAUAUAAUGGUCUUUUUUAUGUGUCACUGUUUGGCAUGGUUUAUUUUUGACUACAUUCAACUCAGAGGUGUCCAGGGUGGUCCUCUGUGUUUUUCAAAACUUGACUAUGCAGUAGCAUGGUUCAUCAGAGAAUCUAUGACAAUAUACAUUUUCCUCUCGGCUUUGUGGGAUCCUACCAUUAGCUGGAGGACAGGACGCUACAGAUUACGCUGUGGAGGCACUGCAGAAGAGAUCCUUGAUGUAUAGCCACAGCUUUGUGACUGUGUAUUUCAAGAAGAAAAGAAAAGAAAAGAAAAGGAGAGAAAAAAAGAAAGUAUUAUAAAUUAUGUUUAUAUAAAUGCUUUUAAAAGAUCUACCUUCAAUAGUUUUAUUACCUGUAUGUUUCGUAUCUGUUCUUUAAUUUAUUUUGCAUGGCAUUUGCAUCUGUGAAAAAAGUACAUCUGUAGUCUUGGCCAAAUGGUACCUUGUUUUUCUGUACGAAAUCAAAUCAAGAGAAUUGGUUCCAGGUUUCAUUUUCAUAGGAAUGUUCUGCAGCAAGUUCUAAAGACAGUAUCUUUCAAUAUAGUCAAAGCUACUCUCUGAAUCAAAGAACAUAAUCAACAGUGAAUAACUUAUACAGAUCCAUUGGAAAAUGAACAGGGAUUGCACAAGACACAACUAUGAAUAUGUCUCAAAUGGCCUUUAGGUCGUUGGACUGCAUCCUUUGACAACUUAGCAACUUUUUAAUACAAGCGCAGUUCGCAUUUGAAAGCUCACGUGGUGACUCACAAGGAGAGAAGCUUUUUAGAUGAUAUAUGCCUACCUCUCGUAGUUGUUGUGGAGCAAAUAUAAAUAAGUAAGUAGGCCUUAUGAAGAAGUAAAAGCUGGACAUUUGUAUCUGUAUGUGGAUAUAUAGAUAAAUGAUUUUGCUCUUGCUGCAAUGAGCCAAAAUUUUGAUGCAGUGGGUGGGAAGAACUAAUGGUUAGCUAUGCCCAGAGGGCAUCUUUUGGCCAACUCUAAUUGGUUCAGUCUUGAACCAUUUUUAAUCACUGUGCUGUAAUUAGCCUAGCUAAUCUUCUCCUUCAUUCCCAUCUUUGUUUUUAAAAGGUUUUGUUUUUCUUUUUGUUUCUGUGUGACUGAAUAUUUGAUAGCUAUGGGGUGGGGGGAUGCAUUUCAAAAACAUUUCACAUAUAUGCUAUUUUCUUACACACUGUCUUAAGAAUGUAACUUCAUGAUGCAGGUAUUUAAUAUCCUUUUCUUCAUGAUGCAGGUAUUUAAUAUCCGUUUCUUAAAUGGACAUAAGUCUCACUAUACACUAGUCAACUUUAAAUAUCAAAUUGCAAUAGAUACUUGUCAGUAUAAUAAAAGGAAAGAUAAUUUGCUGUUACUGAUAUGAAAAUGUAAGCUUUAACUAUGAAACUACAUCUAUUUUUGGCUUUUUCCCCCCCUUCAUUUAAUCUGGUCUCUCAAUUGGGUUUUUGUAUUCAAGUUAUAAUGGCUAAAAAGCCUAGACUAUAACCAAGUUGUAAAUGCAUGCUGUCUCUUAUCCUCUUUCUCGUUUCUUCUUAGCUUGUUCUCCAACCCCACUGUGGGAUUGCUCUUAGCAUGGUGAACUGGACUGGUUUAAUACUGAUUCUGAUCACGAAGCAAAAUUGAGAGGGACACUGCACAAGCCUUUGUUUUCUUUUAUAAUUGUAUUUAUGCUGCUUUUUCUUUUAAAUUGGCAUGGCAUGUUGUCACCAUAAAGGUCUGUGGCUAGGAGUGUUGCCAGUAUGGCAGCUUAAAUGGUUAUGCCAUGUCUGUGACAAAAAAACAUAAUCUGUAGCAUAUUAGCAAUAACUAUGAGUACAUAAAUAGACUUUUUUCCAGUUUACUGAGCCAGCCCAUUUGAUUGUCUGAUAUACACACAGUGUAAUGUAUACAUUUUUGUGUAUAGACAAAUCCUAUGAAACAUUCCCCAAGCUCCAUAGUACAUUCUCUCCAUUUGCCUUAUGACAUUACAGAAUUUGUUUUGAAGGGCAUAUUUUUUCACGAACAGAGGCUUUAAAUGUGUGUUCCAUUCUUUACAUGUGAAUCGGGAAGAACCACUUCCUGAGGAAGGUUGCAUCCUCUAAACUAGUCUGGUUAUGACCUACUUGAGUUGCAUUUUUAACAUCUUCAUUGUUAUCACUGUUGUCUAGCUUAAUUUUGAUUAUAAUGUUUGUAUUUUAUUUGUGAAGUUUGGUUGAUGCCAUCUAUUACACUGCUAAAGUGACACUCAGUUGGUUUGGCUCAAUGCUGAUCACCAUGUAGGCAGUGUAAUAUAAAACCAAAAGGCUGGACAGACUUCUCUCUCUCUGUGUGUGUGUGUGUGUGUGUGUGUGUGUGUGUGUGUGCACAUAUGUGUGCAUGUUGUGUGGUAGCUGAAAAAAUUGAAUUAGAAGUGUGGGUGUGUACACGCACACAUUAGUAAACCCUUUAUCAUUUAAAGGAAACUGAUGUUUAACUUAAGUGAACAACUUGAUUUCUUUUGUAAGAAAUCUGUGUUGAUUAUGAGAUGGAAAUUAAUAGUUGGAAAAAACUUGGAGGGCACUGUGACAGAACAGCGCAAAGGUUCAGAAUGGUUAAUUUAAAACUGUCUGUCAACAUAUUAAGAAUACCAUGUUUAUUUAAAAUUAUUGUCUUGUUUUGUUUAAAAUAAAUUUUGAAUACAAUCAGA